GAGGCUCUGGAGGCUUUCCUGGAGCCUGCGGGAGGGCAAAAACGGUCUCCCCAGGCCCUCCGGAGGGGCUGCGAAGACUGGAAACAACCCAUCUCCCGACUUCUGGUCGGCACGUUUUUUGUCCUCCAGAGGCUCCGGAGGCUUUCCUGGUGAAAACGGCCUUCCCAGGCCCUCUGGAGGCCCUCUGGAGGCUGGAAACAGCCCAUUUCCAGACUUCCGGUAGGCCCGUUUUUUGUCCUCCAGAGGCUCCGGAGGCUUUCCUGGUGAAAAUGGCCUCCCCAGGACCUCUGGAGGCCCUCCGGAGGCUGGAAACAGCCCAUUUCUGGACUUCUGGUAGGCCCGUUUUUCACCCUCCAGAGGCUCCGGAGGCUUUCCUGGUGAAAACGGCCUCCCCAGGCCCUCUGGAGGCCCUCCGGAGGCUGGAAACAGCCCAUUUCUUGACUUCUGGUAGGCCCGUUUUUCACCCUCCAGAGGCUUCAGAGGCUUUCCUGGCGAAAACGGCCUCCCCAGAACCUCUGGAGGCCCUCCGGAGGCCGGAAACAGCCCAUUUCCGGACUUCUGGUAGGCCCAUUUUUCGCCCUCCAGAGGCUCCGGAGGCUUUCCUGGCGAAAACGGCCUCCCCAGGCCCUCUGGAGGCCCUCCGGAGGCUGGAAACAGCCCAUUUCCGGACUUCUGGUAGGCCCGUUUUUCGCCCUCCAGAGGCUCCGGAGGCUUUCCUGGCGAAAACGGCCUCCCCAGGCCCUCUGGAGGCCCUCCGAGGCUGGAAACAGCCCAUUUCCGGACUUCUGGUAGGCCCAUUUUUCGCCCUCCAGAGGCUCCGGAGGCUUUCCUGGCGAAAACGGCCUCCCCAGGCCCUCUGGAGGCCCUCCGGAGGCCGGAAACAGCCCAUUUCCGGACUUCUGGUAGGCCCAUUUUUCGUCCUCCAGAGGCUCCGGAGGCUUUCCUGGUGAAAACGGCCUCCCUAGGCCCUCUGGAGGCCCUUCAGAGGCCGGAAACAGCCCGUUUCUGGACUUCCGGUAGGCCCGUUUUUUCGCCCUCUCAGAGCCUCCGCACAAGCCCUCUACUUACCUGGCAUCCAAAAGGGGCCGCAUGGAGACGCCUGAGGUGGGCAGGGUGGCAUGGACAUGCGCGCGCGGCUCCCACAUGCACGGCAGAGACCCAAAAACCAGCUGGGCGGUGGGUGGGAGGCGCGCGUGCAUGCACAAUGGCGCUGGCCUAGGGCGACACCACAGGUUCGCCGUCACAGCCUUAGACCAAAUUGGUGCUCAGUAUCUCUUAUAAUUCUUGUGCACGUUCCGUUCAUAUCCAUGAUCUUUCCUGCUCGGUUGGUCAAAUUGGAAAGCCUCGAAGGCCUCGAAGCGUUCCGAGUCCUAGCCCUUAGAGAUUUUGCAAAACUAAAAACUUUAUUUUAGCCGUAGAUUUUUUUAUCUGCCGGUGAGAAAAGAUUUUCUUCCCCCUGUGAAUGGAAAACGUACCUCUCUCUACUCCAGCCAUCUAAAACCCCGUUGAACGACUAUCCUUGUUCCAAAUACUUGUCAAAUUUAUUGUCUUAAGCAGACUGAGAAAAUUGCAAUGAUGCAACAAAAUAAGCACUAAAACACCAUCCAUCAUCAACAAAACCUAUUUUAAACCAAAGAGCAUAACGAAUGAGGACAAAAAUCCAGAAAAUCGGGGCGCGGCACGGCGCGGCGGAAGGCUGCCCUUCUUAUUCCGGGACGGAGGGCGGCCGGUUGACGUUCCUUUCCCUUCCUUUCCCUUCCGCGGGCUACAGUUGAGUCCGCCCCCGCCUCCCCGCCCCGCCCCGCCC